AACAGUACCUUAUUUAUCCAUACAUCGUUACCCCUGAAGAACAGUUUUAGGGUUCUGGGCUAGGGUUUCAUCAGCCGAGUCUCGUCUUUCAGCAGCCAUGGGGAAGACUCGUGGAAUGGGAGCUGGUCGCAAGCUGAAGUCCCACCGCAUAAGGCAGAGGUGGGCUGAUAAGGCAUACAAGAAGUCUAACCUUGGGAACGAGUGGAAAAAGCCAUUUGCUGGGUCAUCCCAUGCAAAGGGCAUCGUCCUUGAAAAGAUUGGAAUUGAGGCUAAGCAGCCAAACUCUGCUAUCCGAAAGUGUGCUCGUGUUCAGCUGAUUAAAAAUGGCAAGAAGAUUGCUGCAUUUGUACCCAAUGACGGUUGCUUAAACUACAUUGAGGAAAAUGAUGAGGUCUUGAUUGCAGGAUUUGGACGGAAGGGGCAUGCUGUGGGAGAUAUUCCUGGAGUCCGAUUCAAGGUUGUGAAGGUAUCUGGUGUGUCCCUUCUGGCUCUCUUUAAAGAGAAAAAGGAAAAGCCUAGGUCUUAGGUUUAUAGAGAGAUUGAGCUCUAUCUUCCCUGUCCACUCUUCCUUUCCUCCUUGAUUCUUGAUGGAAAUGAUGUGAUGAUUUUGUGAUGGAAUUUACCUUGGUGUUGAUUUAAAUCUUAGUGCUAUUAGUCUUAUAGAACAAAAUUUUGGAAACUUUAGAAUCAUUGUUGUUUAAUGGACCACUUAAUUUGGUAUCCACUGUUAUUUUGCCAUGAUCAAUUGAAGAUUGCAGUUGUUGCAUCUUAUAAA